GGGAAAGUUUCUGCGGAGUUCGUUGAGCUUGGCGUGAUGGUGUACUGGCGCCGUAGAGAAGACCGCCGUAGGGCAUGCUUGAGUACCCGACCCCGGGGAUGGUAGAAGCUAGGUGGAUAAUGGAGGACCAAAAGAGGAGAAAUGGCCUACUAUGGAGUCGACGGCCUACUGCAUUUGCGUUAUAUGGGAAUAUCCAUAAGGAAUGUGUGAUUGAGGCGUCGGAUUACUCCUCGCAGUAACUUUCAGAAGAUGUUCAAUGGGGGAGUUCGUGGAUAUUAUGGAUGAUGAAAAUGCGAGUCAGAGGGAGCCGUGCGUUGUAUAUCAUCAGCUGGGACAUCAUCAAAGCCGUCACAAUCACAUAUGAUCUUCAUCGGAUGUCUUCGAUGGCCGCAUUCGAAAUAAGGCAAAGCGGACUAUUACCGCCAGCAUCUUUCUUACGAGUACUUUGCCAUGAACUCAAUGGGGAUGAGAAGAAACAGAGGUUUCCCGAGUCGUGCAGACCGUUCAUCCUCCCCUGAACCGAUAAAGGAGGAGGAGGAUACUCCAGACGAGUCGCGUGGCAAUGGCCAUAACGAAAGCGCCAAAACAAGCCUGAUGUGGUCUGACAUACAGAAGGGGUAUCACUUUGUGCAGAAGAAGACGAUAAGUAAAAAGGCUGUUCAGCUCUCUUAAUAUACUAUACCAUUAUGCUGCUU